AUGGCGAACAAGAGAGUGUUGUCAGACGAAAUCCUUGCCGGUUUUGACAAAUACAAGUAUAAUGCAGUGGAUACAAGUCCUUUAUCCAACUAUGUCAUGCAUCCAUUUUGGAACUGGUGUGUCAAACUGGUUCCCAUGUGGGUUGCCCCUAAUGUGCUCACCCUGACCGGUUUCCUGCUCCUAGUCUUCAACUUCCUGGUCAUGAUCUACUACGACCUUGACUUCUACGGGGCAAGUCUGGACCACCCCGAGUUCCCGCCUGUACCUAACUGGGUCUGGCUCCUCUGUGCUUUCAACAACUUCAUGUCACACACACUGGAUGGUAUUGACGGUAAGCAGGCUCGACGUACGGGUACAAGUUCUCCCCUGGGUGAGCUGUUUGACCACGGUCUUGACAGUUGGGCCUCCUUCUUCCUCCCAGUUGCUAUGUACUCAGUGUAUGGGCGUGGAGAGUAUGGGGCAGACACCUACUCUGUCUACCUUGUUCUCCUUGGCGUUAACUUCUGCUUCAUCGCCUCACACUGGGAGAAAUACAAUACAGGCAUCCUCUUCCUACCCUGGGGAUAUGACCUCUCACAAAUUGGCAUGACAGCUGUGUAUCUCAUCACAUUCUUCUGUGGCUACGAGGUCUGGAAAUUCUCCGUGUUUGGAAUGACAACUGGAAACAUCUUUAUCAUCGUCAUGUGGGUGGCACUUGCCAUUUCCAUUCCAAUAACAUUAUGGAACAUCUAUAUUGGUUACCACAACAAGACGGGUAAGAUGUUGAGCCUGCAGGAGUCUGUCCGCCCCCUCGUCUCCACCGUACUGCUGUUUGCCCUGAUGAUCACAUGGUCUCGCUACUCCAGCUACGACAUCAUCAACCGCCACACUCGCAUCUUCUACACUACCACAGGGACAGUCUUCUCCAAUAUUGCGUGUCGGUUGAUAAUAGCCCAGAUGAGCAAUACACGUUGUGAGCUGGUCAAUCGACUGCUGAUUCCUCUGUUCACCAUCGUCAUGGUAACGUGUUUACUGAACCUUGGGGUGCUAGAGUUCUACAUUCUGACAGGAUACUGCAUCUACGUUCUCGCAUCUCAUAUCCACUUUGGCUUCUGUGUUGUAAGCGACUUGUGUGAACACCUUAACAUACAGGCAUUUUCUAUAGAACCAGUACUAACAACAGCAUAGAAACCCUAUACUUUUGUGAUUUCAAUAGUUGAAGAGAUGUGUGAUCAUUUUAAAAUCAAGGCAUUGUCCAUUCCACCAAAGAAAGGCUACUGAGGAAAUGGAUCUAGUUCAAACCUUAUGUAUUGUCAGUGACCUCGGGUAGAGAUGUUGCUUUAAUGUAAGACUGUCAGUGGUUCUGUGCUUCAGUGGUGUAUAGUGGUGUUUGAUCUCUGUUAGAUUUUGUAAACAUAUUGUUGUAGGCAUUGGCACAAUUGGUAUAAAUCUGCUCAUUACUUUGUCCAAUUAUUAAUUUCAAUUGAGUAAUUAGGGCCCUGCAAUGAAUGCUCGGGUGCCCUAUAGUUAUCACCCUGUCCGCCAUCCAUUCAUCCACCUGUCUGCAUGUCCACAAUAUAGGGCUUAUGGGUUUUAUUGACAUCAGGGUUAGGGGCUUUUGAGCUAUGUUUUAAAGAGAGGAAACCUGAUGAACCAUAAAUGUUGGUUUGUCUGUAUUGAUUAGUUUGUGUUUUUUUCUUAAUAACUUUUAAACCUUUAAAAGAUUACAAGUUCCAACUUUAUAAGUUUGCUCACAUUAACAGUAGGCUCAUUUAUGGAAAGUUAAGUAACUCAAACCUCAAUAUUGUCAGAUUUAUCAACCUUUAAAAACUUCAGCAAAUCAACUUCCUUUAACAUCAAAUUGAAUUCCAUAGAAGAUGUCAACUUAAAACGUUUUAAGUUUGCUCUCAGUAACAAUACACCUUUUAUGACAAGUCAUGUACUUCAAACUUAAAUGUAUCCAGACUUACAGCACUUUGAAAUCUCAUUCAAAUUCAGCAAACUUAUUAACUCUUCACAUAACUUAAAAAUAUUUCAAAGGAAUUUUAUGACACUGCAGCAUCAAUUAAGUUAUAGAAAUGGUAACGUUUGUGUAGUACAACAACCUAACUCUGUGACCCAUUGUUACCAAAAUUCCUCCAUUGACAGGAAAAAAAAGGUUAGGCAUAAUAAAAUGAAUAUAUAUAAUAAAUAGUGAAUGGAUCUUGGAAAAUGAUACAUGGCAAUAUGUGUAUGCUGACUACACAUAACAAGAAACAUAUCUCUCUAGCCGACUGUUCCCUUAUUUUCUCCCUUAAAAUUGUUGAAGCAAACGGAAUUACUUUUUGUAACAACAUGAACAAUUUUGGAUUGAAGUGAAUGAAACUUUAAACUUCAAUUAUAAAAGGUAAUAUUGUGUGUUGAAAAUUCAUCCUAACUCUGGGACCCAUGUGUACCAAAUUGCCUGUCUUGAAAUAAUAUAUAUGAUUUAAUAAAAUUUGUGAAAUAAUAAUUAAACAAUUGGAUAAUGCCAAUAUGGACUUGUGCCCAGUUUAGACACAUAACUGUUCCUUUAUUCCUAAAUUAGCCGGUAUUUAUAUUUACAUUGAGGUAAACUGCUGAAUGUAUUUUACAAGCAAUGUCAAAAGAUGUUCUGUUAAUCUUGUUGAUAUUGUUGAUUGCUGUACUACACCAAUCUAUAGAAUGUGUAAGUUGAUAUAUGAGGUACUCAUAGACAUCUCCGGUUUGCAUAAAUAUUUCAGUAUUCUGUCAGGAAUUGUGUUGUUCUUAUUCUUUUUAUAAUGUAGAGCAUUUUCAUGUAUUUAUUUAGCAUUAUUUUUCAUCUAUCAAUAACUUAUUUUUCUGAAUGAUUAUAUUUACCAGAAUGCUUGAAGGCUUUGAGAACUAUGUUUUGUUUUUGAUAUUUGGAUUGACUAUGUGAAACCGCCUGUUCACUUUGACAACGUUUUAGGCAACCAUUUCAAUUGUUUCAAAUAGAGGAGGCGAAUACAAUGCAGUGUAAUAUUAUACAUAAAUACUAUCAAUUCAUUGUUGAUUUAAAUUUAACAUUUUUUUAGGCCUAUUAUAGUACAAUUUUAUUAUUAUCAUUAUUCCUUGGUUGUAGAAAUACUGAGUAGUUGUUAACCAAACCGUUACUAUCUUACACAUUUGUUUGUCAUUUUGUAUCUAAAGAUAUCACUUUAUUGUUGAUAUUACACUCAAUUUGAUUCCUACUAUUAUGGUUCAGAUUACAUGCAUUUGCAUCAUUUAAGAUUGUUUUGUAUUUAGUUAUUCACUUGAUCAUGUAAAGGAAACUUUGUUUAUAUUGAGCUUCCAGUAGGUGACGGUUGUUAGCGAAUUCACGUCUAUUGAUGUUAUAUUAUACUAGUGUAAUACAAGAGAAUACACAAUUGUUGUAUUACAUUUGAAACAAGGAAUGUCAUGUGAUAAACUUGUGUAUUGUAAUAUUAUGUUGAAGAUUUGUUGCUGUGGAUAUGAUCAAGAGUCUGUUAGGCCACUCCUUUUUUAUUUUUUGGUUUACAAGAAUUUUUGGAAAAAAUGUCCACCGGGUGGUCGAAAAAAAAGAAAAAAAAAAAGGAAAAAAGUCACAAAACAUACUCUUAAAGGGUGAACAUCAGAGAACAACAUAAAAACAUUGAACAUUUAUAUCAUUUACUUGACAUUUUAAACUGCUAUUAAUGCAUGUUUUAAUACACUCAAAGUUUCAAAGUUCUAAUUAAAGACACAGUUUAAAUCUAACAUACUGUGCAUAUAAAACAUCAAUGAAAUUGACUAUAAAACAUGUUUACAUGUAAUUAACUACACUUUUUAUCAAAGAUACAUUGAAUAUCACUCAUCAAGACAUUUGUUUAGCUUUAAGGGUAUGCUAAAGCAAAAGUGAAUGCAGAACACUUAAAAACUGACCAAUAUUAAAUAAAAACAAAACAAAGAGAAGGCGCAUUUUACACAUUAAAAUACACAAAAAAUGCACUGUAUUAAAAUACAUUACAUUUUCUAAACAUUGUUUCAGUUAUUUCAAUAUUUGAAAAUGUCAAUAAAGUGAAAUAAUUACCAAUUUUGUAAAUAAGGAAAUAACAUUUUAUGAAGACAUUUGACCUUUAAUAUUGUGAAAACAAUUCCUGAACAACUAAAAACCAAACUACACCUAGAUUUGAGUUUUAAUAACCCUUACCAUGCGGGGUCCUAGUUGUGUGUAACCCGAUCCAUGCUAAGUCCGAAUAUUUUCGGACCGGGAUAUCUACCAUGGGAUGUUCACCAAAUCCAUUUCAAAUUCAAAUCAUUGCAGCAAAUUAGCACAUCAGUACAUAAAAAUCACAUAGCAAAAUAAUAAAUCUAGCAUGUGACUUAACUUUAUGUACCAAUUAUAGUAAACUGACAGAGAAAUCCAUAAUUAUGUAUCGGAUAUUUUCAUCUUCUCCCAACUCCGCCAUUUUGUGUAUACAUGCGUUCACAGAGCAUCUAUGCUUCAUGCUUGUUUAUUUUGCAUUUUAAAGAGUAUUCCUUGGUUAAAACAACAAAUCUCAUUCAUAGUGAAAUAUCAAGUUCAUUACAAAUUGAAAUGGACUUAUUCAAAAUAGUUUUCAGUGUUGUUUUAUCCAAAUGUUUUGCAUACAACUCCCGGCAUUAGUAAAUGUCAUUGACACAUGUGUUCAACUCUUUCAUUGUUUUAACUCUACUAUUAACCCAAACAUAAAUAAACAUGUAAUCUAGAAUAAACACAAGCUUUACAUUGACUAUAUGACAAGUAUUUCCAAACCAUUCUGUGAUUUAAAAUCCAUAAACACCAUCGACCGAACUUGUGAAACUAGGUCACCGGUGUCGACUUAGAAAUUUUACUUUCGAUUUAACCACUCACACUUAGUGCACUGUUAUUUGAUAUUUAACCAUAACAUGUUAUAAAAUGUUUUUCUCACACAUAAUUUACAGAUAUUUGUGUCUACUAAUUCGAUGGCAGCCGCUGACACUUAUUUUUUAUCUAUAAACAACAAUAUUUUCAUGACCUAAAUUGGCGGAAAAUAACAACAAUCACGUGACAGUUAUUGUUUGUGUCGGCUGUUAAAUUUGCCAUUUUUUUGCUAUUGUUAUUUUAACAAUUUCUGCAUGUUUUAAUUAAUUAUAUCAUACAAAGAAUGACUGCUAUCGUCAAUUCCACCAUUGCCAACGGCGCUGCCAUAACAGUUGACUGGCUCACAUGCUAUCACUAUAAUUUGGCAAAUACGGCUACGGAACAACAAACCAGUCGAGAUUUACUGCAUUCGUACUCUUAUCUGUUCGUUUUUCUUACGUUUCGCACCAAAAUCAAUACGGUCAGGAAAAUAAUUUUGAAAAAAAAGUGAAAUUCAUUUUUAUUUUUUUUUGUACUUUUCAGAAAAUUAGACCCGCCGGUUUUGUAAACCAAUUUAUAUAAAAGUAGUGGCCUUAGAAGUAAAAAAAAUAAAAUAAUUAAAAACAGAUAUAUAUAUAGGAAGCAAUAGGAAAUAUUUUUAUAAUUCAAUGGAUUAUUACAUACACAUUCAUUUCAAAAGCUCCAUUUUAAGUACUGAAAUGAUCUUUCAUUUGCAUAUAGCCUAUUAAUUUAGUCUUUCAUGUAUAUGAUUUGUGUAGAUUUGUUCUGUAAAGUAUUAUUUUCAACUGUGUUGACCAUCAUAAAAUCUAUGAGAAUUCCGCUGUUAAGAUUUGCAGCAAUUCUGUACUUGUAUGUUCAAGUAAAGAUAAUCAAUAUGGAAAGCCAAAAAUAAUCCAUUGUUAUUGUAUUUGAAUGAUGCUGCUUGCACUGGGUGCAGUGCUAGUUCACAUUUUUAAACAAGUAUUGUGCAGCUAGUCAUGUCAUGAGUUAGAUUCUAAAUAAUCUUACUUGUAGUUUUUGAUGCUGAUUCAAAACCAUAGAAGUGACUAAAACAGCCAUUUCAAUGCGAGUACAACCAGAUAUCGACGUACAACCAAGUAUCGUCGACGUACAACCAGAUAUCGACAUACAACCAGAUAAAGACUUCCAACCAAAUAUUGACGUACAUCCAGAUAUUGACAUACAACAAAAUAUGUACGUACUACCAAAUAUGGACGUACAGCCAGAUAUCGACAUUCAACCAAAUAUUGACCUACAGCCAAAUAUGGACGUUCAACUUAAUCUGUAGGAACAACCAAAUAUGGAUGUACAAUCAAAUAUGAACAUACAACCAAAUAUGGACAUACAACCAAAUAUGGAUGUACAAUCAUAUAUAGACAUACAACCAAAUAUGGUCCUAUAACCAAACAUG